AAAAAAAAAAAAAAGGCAGUAGUUAAGAAAGUAUUUACAAUGGGAUUAUCAGUAUCGGUAAGCCCUAGCGCAUGAAUCGGCUUUACAUAUAUCACCACAUUUUAAAAAUUGAAAAAGCAAAUGUCAAAUAUAAAACCUGAGGCUGUUCACUGCCUAUAAAAAUAAAAUUAUCACGAGAAUAGCAAAAAAAAAAAAAAAAACAAGCACAAAAAAAAAAAAAAAAAUCGGGAGGUGAUAUCUUCUGGGCUUUGCUUGUGAGCAGUUGAGUUUGCUCACUGGUGUUAUCUCGAGAGUGUAAAGAGUGGAAAGAACGCCUGACAACACGGGAAUGUUUAGCUCAUGGCUGAUGUACCUCCUACUAAGCUUAAAACUUUAUCGGACCUUCCCUACUUCCUUCUCCCUUACUCUAAUUUUUUAGUGACACGUGACCUGGUCAAAAAUGGAGUUUAAACUAGAACUGUAGUUUAAGAAACCUUAAAUAAAAGUAAACAGCUGGGACACAUUUACUACAGUCGGGCUGUAGAGAUACUGAAUAGUUUUCUGAUGUGUCUUCAAGGAUGAUUCACAUGUAUAGCUGGGAACCAAGGCAGCGUAAAGUGCAAGCAAACAGCAGGGUCCACUGCAUGCAAAUUGGUCCUAACUCCGACGAAGAUUAGUAAAUAAAGCUCAGGUCAACAUCUUUGUCUGAUGUACUAUAACAGUAACUAGGAUUGCAAGAUGGCUCAGACACACGAAAGAGAGUGUGCUGUUUGCACCAAAGACUUCACGAAACCAAUGAUUCUACCCUGUGGUCAUCUCCUGUGUCGAGAAUGUGUCCUUUCCUGCUUGGAUUCCAAACUUGAUGCUGGGUGUCCGCUGUGUAGAUGUCCUAUAGUAGAGCACUUCUUUGAAAGUUCGUCCAAGGCUGUUGACGCCCUGCCGACAGACUUUGUGAUGGAAGCGCUGGUGGAGAGCGCUCGUGUGCUGAGUAAAGAUCACCUUUGUUGUGUGUGUGAGGACGUCAGGGCGGACUUCAUCUGUAUGUUGUGCCUCGAAACGUUGUGUUCAGCGUGUGCGGAAGCUAAUCAAAAGCUUCCUGCAACCCGCAGUCACGAUGUGGAGAGUGUCAGCACUGUGACACAUGAACGUCUGGCUGCCAGCCGCCCUGCACUGUGUGCUGACCACGGCGACAAACACGCGGACAGCUUUUGCCUCUGUCACCAAAUAGCUGUCUGCAAAACCUGUUGGUCUCAUGAACACAGAAUAUGUUCAGAAGAAAGCAAUUUUGACGAUGAAAUACAAUCAGCUCAAAACUCACUGAACGACUUGACAAAGAUUCUGGUAGAAGCGGAGCAGAAGCUAGAGCAGGUUAUAGGUCAGCUGACGUCACGUCUACAGGAAGUUGAUGUCAGCGAGCAAGAAGACAUGGCGCAGGUGGACAAGACAUGUGACCGUCUUCACAAGCUGGUGGAAGAUGUUCGUAACAAGUUAAAGGACAAGUCUCGCACGUCACAUCUCAACAUUAGGAAUUUAUUACGUGACGCCAAGACUGACCUUAGCAACCGGCUAGGAAAAGUGACGUCACACAAACCCAUUGUGACGCGAGCGGUGGCAGUAUCACCACGUCCUGUACUGAUACUCAUGAGCAUGGAUCUGAGAACCAGGGUCAACAGCCUUGACAUCAGUGCUGACGUGAAUGCAGACUGUUGGGAGAAGCCCUUGUCAAGUGUAGAAUGUUGUCAAGAGGUUGUGAGACGGAUAGAAGACGAUCUUCUGAUGUUGGUGCAGCCUAAAAUGGAGACAGAGCCACCAGUCCUUGUGUUCCACGACAACUGCGGAAACAACAUUCGUCUGACGAACGGUAACAGGACCGCGGAGAAGAUAAAGUCGCAGAACUACGUUGACGGAUUGAUUGUGUCACGUGACGCUAUGGUGGCGAACGUCUUGUAUGAAGUAAGAUAUUAG